AUGGGGCUCUCAAGAAGUGUUUGGUUUUCUCUUCUUCCUCCUUUUAGCAAAUUUCCUCCGUUUCUUCUAAUGCAUAAUUCCCUAUUGUGCUCUCACUCUCACUCUCAAACUUCCUUACUCGACGAAGCCGUCUCACAAUUCAAUCGCUUGCUUCGUAAGCGUACUGUUUCUCCCAUCUUCGAAUUUCGAAAGAUUUUGGAAUUGCUUGCCAAGAUGAAGCAGUACCGUACUGCUAUUUCUCUUAUUAAGCAAAUGGAGCUCAAAGGAAUUCAGAAUAACCUUGUUAAUCUCAACCUCCUCAUCAAUUGUUUCUGUCACUUAGACCAAUUGGCCUUCGCUUUCUCUAUAUUUGCCAAGAUUCUCAAACGGGGUUAUCAUCCAUGUGCCAUAACCUUAAAUACACUCAUGAGAGGUCUCUGUGAUAAGGGUGAGGUCAAGGAAGCUCUCAACCUUCAUGAUAAAGUAGUAGCAUUAGGAUUUCCGCUCAACCAAAUUACUUAUGGGACUCUGAUAAAUGGAUUGUGCAAAAUAGGAGAAACUGAAGCCGCGAUCAAAUUGCUCAGAAGGAUUCAAGGUCGAUCAACGAUAAUGUAUACUAUAAUUAUUGACUCUUUAUUUAAAGAGAAACAUCCAAAAGAAGCUUAUGAUUUGUAUUCUAAGAUGGUUAUCAACAUAAUUCUCCCUGAUCUUGUUACUUAUAACACUCUAAUUUAUGGCUUUUGCUUAGUGGGAAAGGUAGAAGUAGCAUUUGGUUUCCUAAAUGAAAUGCUAUCGAAUAGCAUCAGGCCAAAUGUUUAUACCUAUACUAUAUUGAUUGAUGCAUUGUGUAAGGAAAGAAAGCUAGGAGAAGCCAAGAAUGUGUUAGGUGUGAUGGUGAAAGCUCAUGUGAAACUUGAUGUUGUUAGCUUUAGUGCUCUAAUGGAUGGGUACUACUUAGUUAAUAAAGUGAAGAAUGCGAAACAAGUAUUGAGUGCAAUGAUCCACAUGGGAGAAAUGCACAACAGGAAUAUCGUUCCAAAUACUGUGACUUACAAUACUCUUAUUGAUGGCUUAUGCAAAACUGGAAGAAUAUUUCAUGCUUUGGAUCUUUUUCGUGAGAUGCAUGGUAGAAAUCAACAAGCAGACUUAAUCACUUAUAAUUCCUUGAUUGACAAUUUAUGCAAAAAUCAUCAUCUAAACAAGGCAAUUGAAUUAUUGCGAAAAAUGAGAGAGAAUGGAGCUCAGCCCGAUAUAUACACUGCAAAUAUACUUAUUGAUGGAUGUGUAGAGGGAGGAGACUUAAGAAUGCAUAAGAGAUUUUUCAAGAUCUAUUAAAUAAAGGUCACAAUCCCGACCUCUGUAAUUACAAUGUUAUGAUCAAUAGUCUUUGUAAAGAGGGUUUGGUUGAUAAGGCAUUGACCUUGUGGUCCAAAAUGGAAGACAAUGGUUGUUUAUCUAAUGUUAUUACUUUUGCAAUAAUCAUCUCUGCUCUCUUUAAGAAGGACGAGACUGAAAAGGUAGAGAAAUUUUUGCUAGAAAUGAUCUCUAGAGAGUUGUUGAAAUGAAGAAAGGUGACACCUUAUUUGAAUAACAUUUAUGUGUUUGUCAUAGAAUGUGCAUGAAUGGUUUGUAAAUUUUAUUUUAGAUGAGUUGGUUUAGGUUGUAACCUCUGUUGU